CAACAAGACGACACUCUCAGUUCUACUCCAGCAAAGACAACAGCAGAAGAACCAUGGCGUACCCGAUGGAGCGGAUUUGACGAAGAAAAGCGAAAAUGGCAGCAAGCAGCCAGAGAAUGAAGCGACAACACUCGAGCGCAAAUCUGUCACCGACAAACCCGCGGAGUCUGUUGGUUUUGGACGAGGAAUACCAGAAUACGUGAGGAUAUUUUCGUGACGGUGGCCGUAAUCCGAGAAGAAAGGAGCGGAGGGAAAAUGGCUACUACUGCUGAGAGCGGCUCAGAGCGGACGGCCAUGGAGAGGUUCGGCGGCGGAGGGAUGGCGCUGCUUCCCUGGACUAAGCAGAUGCUCACCGUGCUGUGGGAACAGCUGCGGCUGCUGGUUCAGGUCAUCUAUUACACUUUCAUUUCAGUUUUUCAGAUGUUCCGGUUUGAGGUCCACGUCAGAAUCACAGACGAGACGGGAGAGCACAUCCAGCACAUGGGCACGGCCUCAAACGCUCCCGAAUCCUUCCUCUUCUCCUCCCUGUUCGACGGCGACAACGGCGUCAUGGUCGGCGGCUCCAACCCCCUCUCCAACUUCUGCGCCGAGGUCGGCGACCCCUUCGCCGGGAAGUCCACGGCCGAGGCGCUGCUGUCCAGCCUGCGCGCCGACGACCUGUGCUGCGGGCUCGUGGACGACUUCGUGUCCAGGGCGGCGGGGAAGGAGGAGAGCAUCCUGCUCGGACACCAGUCGGCCUGGAAGGUGGGCUUCCCCGGCGACUGGAACAUCUUCGUGUCCGGCGGCGACAGCUGCAGCUCCGGCGACGGCUGCCACAGGAGCUGCGAUCAGGUCCCCCGGCCCAAAGAGAGAGGCUGGAAACAGGAGACUUCAGAGGAGGACAGGAGCUCUCAGUGGAGCAGCGAGGAAGAGCAGAACGUGGCGGAGUUUCAGAGUGAAGAAAGCCGGGAGCUCUGGGAGUCGCUGUCCAGAUCCAGCGACCCGUACAAUCCCUUCUUCUUCUCCGCCUGCAUCUCAACCAAGCCGGACAUGGGCAAAGGCAAGCCCGACGUCAAAACCAGCGGCGACCCGGAUCCGAGGGCCAGCGAGGAGUCGGCGGGGCCGCCGCGGCUGAACAUGUGGGCGUGCCGCUCUGACAGCGAGAGCAGCUGGAGCAGCUGGGCCGGCUCCGAGUGCUCCAGCCCCGACGUGGACAAGGAGGAGAGCGACAAGCUGUGGGAGUUCUUCAGCAGCCCGGAAGACCCGUACAACCCCAUGUACUUCACGGCCAGCACGGCCAGCAGCCCCACGCUCAGAACCAAACCCGCCUCAGUAUGCACACAGGCCUCGCUUCCCGCACCGCCCGCCAAGCCCGACGCGGAGACGGAGGACAACCAGAGCAGCUGUCCUCCGUCGGAGGACGACGAGGAAGAGCUGCUCUGGAAGUCUCUGGGCCAGAGAGACGACCCGUACCACCCUCUGAACUUCCAGGCUGACGCUCAAACGCAGAGACCACCCGCAGAGACCAGGAAGCAGACAGAAGCUCCCAGGAAACCCAGAGGAGAGAAGCCCGCUCUGCCAGACAGAAAGUUAAAGCAGCACUGCCACCCAGAGAAGAGGCUGGUGCCCUGGAGGAGACCCCAGCCAGCGCCUCCCACGCCUCCUGACAGGCAGGAGGACAGCGAGGCCGGCACCCGGCAAAAAAAGGUGCGGUUCUCCCCUCUCGUCCACGUCCACGUCAUGAGGACCUGGCCCUUCGCUCGCCAGGCGUCCCGCAAAGGCCACUGGGAGGAGCUGGCCCGGGACCGGGACCGCUUCCGGAGGCGGAUCGCGGACACGGAGCGCGCGGUGGGCCGCUGCCUGAGCCGGCCUCACAGGGAGAGGAUGCGGGCGUACCUGGACAGUGCCUUGGAUCGGACGCAGGGUCCCGAGCCGUGAAUGUCUUUUCCUUAUCGUUUGUGGACGUGAAUAUUUUUGGGGAUUGGUUGCAAUGCAACAGUGAUAUUUGUUCUUGAUUUUUAGGCCAAUUAGAAAUGUGACGUAAAGGCCAUCGUAAAUGUUCUGUGUCAAGUUGACCAACCGUGUACCUCAAGAGGGUUUUUCUACGUUGUGUACCUGUUGCACUGACUGACACUUUCUCAUGUUAACCUCAGCAUUAAUGUGUGGAAUGUUGUUUUUGUAUGCCUUAUAUACUGACCUAGUAAUGUAACUUAUUGAUGCUCCGCGGAGCCUGUCCUUUCUAUUUUACCAUCGGCUUGAACUGUUUGUACCCGUUUUUAUAUGCGUAAAGAAACCAAACGGUGAUGUCAUAAGGACGCAGAGCUUUGCGUUACAAAGUGUUUAUUGAAACAGAUUUGUAAGCAUGACGAAUACUGACUUCUAGUGCAAUUUUGUUUUUGCAAGUCUUGAUAUAUUUUAUGCUUUUUUUUUUUUUAAGUCCUGUGUUUUUAUUUUGUUUCUAUGUGUAUUUAUUUUAUUUUGGUUGUGUUUUGGGUGGAAAGGCAAGGCGGCGACGUGAUUCAGAACACUUUGAUCGACGUGACUCGCUCGGCUUCUCGUGGUGACAUCAUGUAGCUUCAAGUUUGUCGCUAGAAAAAAAUGGAUUGUAGCUACUGCGUUCAGUCAAUAAAAUUUCUUACACUGCA